AUGCAUGAUGAACUAAAGUAUUUAGGUUCUGCUUGGGAAGAACUGAAGCAUAUACGUCAAAAGCCAAAGAAAACACUGGCUGAACUACACCACUGGUGUUUUAACGCAACUGAUGAGCAUGAUGCAUUUUCCAGGCAACACAAUUUGAGUAUGAGAAAUUUUGUGAUCGAUGCUUCUAAAGGAAAUCUUGUUAAAUACAUAUCAUCACCCGAGGUGGAAUUUCUGAAAAGUAUCAUGACAACAUUCAAAUCAACCACCACAAAACUAAUUUUCAGAUUUCUAGAAGUGAACAAGACUGAGCCCUCAACCAAUCAAACAUAUGGUUCACUUUUAAAAAAUCUGACAUUUAUCAAGACAUUUGCUUCUGGUGUUUUAGUUCCUAAAUCAUACAUAUGGCAUGUGGAUAAUGACUUCUAUUUACAGCCAUCUACCUCAUUGGUCUUGGAUGCCCACAAAGAGGGUUUACAAGUAUUUGGUUCAAAUUUCAUGAAUGAUGUGCAACUUGCGUAUAAUUACAGUUAUGACCCUGUAGAAGAGGAUCUGUAUUUUGUGGAUAAUGGAAGAUUCUCUGUGGAUGGUGUGCUUUCCGAUAAUCCAGUGACUCCAUCAACAGCUUUUAGUUGUUUUUCUCAUAUUGGGAAAAAACAUUCUCAGCCAGGGAGUAGUGAUUCAGCAUACAAAAAAGUUGUUUCAGAUGGAGCAGAUAUAAUCGAUUGUCUUGUUCAGAUGACAAGUGAUGGAGUAGCUUUUUUCUUAGGUGACAUAAACCUUCUUGAAAGGACAACAGUUGCUGAGUCAGAUUUUGGCAACCUUUCAUCCAGUGUUCCUGAGCUUCAAUCUGGAAAUGGAAUAUGUCUUUUCACCAAUCUUGUCCCAAUGGUGACCAUUAAAGCACCUCUGCAUUCACAGUCGAUCUGUUGUGAACCAAGAGUUGUUGUGGAAAGAGAAGUGCUUUAG